AUGAAUAGAUUUUUCUCAAGACGUAUAAAGAAAGCCAAAAAGAAUUCUUCAGGUAUUCAAAUAUAUCACCAUCGUCUAUUUCCAUGGGAAGAUCUUAUUGAUGUUCUUUAUCCUCUUUUUUAUGCUGAUUAUCAAUAUGAGGAUUUAAUUGCUCUGAUUAAUGCAGCUAAUCAUAUCUUUUGUGCAUAUGAUGAAAACGAAGGUUGUGUUGGUUGUGCAUUACUCAAAGAUAGUUCUAUAAGAGGUCUUUAUGUAUCGUUAUUUGGUGUACGACAAUCAAGUCAACAUCGUGGUGUAGGUACACAAUUAUUAGAAAAAAUUAUACGUUGGGCACGUCGAACAUAUUAUAGAUUUAUUUCUUUACAUGUACAUGUUUUAAAUUAUAAAGCAAUUGGUUUAUAUGAAAAAGUUGGUUUUCGUAAAGAAGAUUAUUUAACUAAUUUCUAUUAUCAAUCAUCGAAAUCUAAACCUGAUGCAUUUCAAAUGAUUCUAUAUUUACGAUAA